GAAUUCCACGGCAGUGAUUUUAUUACAGAGGAGGAAGAGAAACAACUAUUAGCAGAAGAUGAAGAAGAUUUGGAUGUGAUUGAUUGCUACACGGAAGAUUUUGACAGCGACAUGGAGCGAGAUUUUUGUCGCAAAGAAGCGGAGAAAUUGCGGAACGCAGGAAGGCCUGGCAAAGCCAAAAAAUGUGGCAUUUCUAAGAUACAAUCAAGUAAUAUGAUAGCUGAGCGUAGCUUGAAGGAAUCCGCUGGUGCUAGACAAGACUCGAGAGAUGGUGCAAUGUACGAGGAAAAGGCUGAACCUUUUCAUAAUACCGCAUCGUCGCUGCCUUUGAUAAAAUACCCGUCUUUGACUACGGUUAUGGUAGAAGAAGAUGUUGACGAUGAUGUGAUACAGAUUAACGAUGAUAACAUUGAGCUACUGUUGGAGGACGAACUCGUCAACGGUGAAAGCAAGGUAGAUCGUCCGGAAAUAUCGCUUCGCGCGAAAGACGAAAAGGAACGAGACCGCAUUCUGAAAGAGCCCCUGGUUAAGCAGAUUAUUAUUCCUGAGAUCAGUAUUUCGGAUGAGGAUGACGAAGACAAGGACGAAUUAGGUAGCCAAGAAUCCCUAAGUCUUCAAAUUGAUCAUGCAAUCGAAAGAGCUUCCGAAUUGGUGGGCAAUAAGAGUACAAGCAAGAGAUUGCAUCUUUUGGACCAACAUGAUGAUAACGAUUCCGACGAAGCGGAAAUGGGAAUUAAAAUCGGGUUCGGCCCGGAUAGCAGUGGAUCAUGCAUGGAAAGUUUUCACCAAGAGGAUGCCGAUUUUCAGCAGCUCAAGCUUGAAUUCUAUGAAAAUGUGGGCGUGAUGGGUUACGAACCGGAAGAAGAACUGUCAAAAUGUCACAAAACUGAUGAGGAAGACGACGGCUCGCUGCUACCGAAAGCGAUGAUUCGUAUAAAGGAGGAACCUACCACUCCAGUGAAGGAACGGUUGUACCGAUUGAACAUUCCUGCGGAAGAUAUCCCCACCAUCGAUCUGACAUCUUCCGAUGAAGAAGCGGUAGAGAAGUGUAAUACCGACAAGAAAGGGGACGAAAAGCAGAAAGAACCUCGGAAGAGGGGUAGAAAGAAGAAGUCUGAGUACAUUAUGGUAGAGCCAUUAUCUUCGGAGGAUACUAUGGUAGAGACUGCGGUAUCAGAUCGAUCGAUCGGUUCACGAAACAGGAAAGAUUCAGAUGCUGCUUCAAUGCUAUCAGUUGACGAUUCAGUUCUUUCGAUUGGUUAUAGUGAUCGCGUCAUUUCGUUGCGUAAACGAAAGGUGACGGUUCUACCAGAAGCCACACUAACCAUUUGCUCCAAAAAAAGGAAACCUGCUGAUAUGAAAAAAGAACCUACCAAAAUUAAGAAACGUGAUAAUCCGGCUAUGAGAGGUUACAAGCGUCGUAAGCCUGGGAGAUCGGCAUCAAAAUUAAGCAUGGUUUCCGUUUCCACAGCAUCAUCUUCACUUUUAGAUGAAGAUAUAUUUGGUACAGAUACAGUCGAAGAAGUUCUAACUCCAGAUCCGUCCGAAGCGUUGAUCGCUAAUGGAAGCAAAAUGGACGGUUCUGUAGAAAAUGAUUCCGAAGUCAGCAAUCCCGACAAGGAUACGGAAAAGGAACAAUCCAAAGAAGAGUUGCUGGAUACAACUCUGAAAGAUGCAAUCGCAAAGGAGCUGGAAACGGAAAUCUCAGUCGCCGACAGCAGCAUGACAACACAUGAAUUGCAACCCGAUAACGUUGUAGAUCUUCCUGUAGCAACGACAGAUAUUGCCUUAGAAGAUAUGUUGGAGUCCUAUUUCGCCAAUGAGGAGGAACAAAAAAACACCAACCCAGCACUGUACACAAUUUCUUCGGAUGAGAAACUUUUGAUGGAUUCGUUAUUUGCUGACUAUGAGAAGCAGACUCUGCAGGGGGCUAAUCAAGAUACCGUCGCAGUACUUUCGUCUAUUGUGGCUGACGGGAAACCGUUAGUUGAACAACAAAAUUCUACGUUGGAUAACGAUCAAGUUACUAUCAAUUAUACCAUCUCCGACGGGAUAAAUCCCCCGACGGUUGUACCUGUACAUUUCGCUGCAGAUCAGCAGUCCGUGGAUAUACAGACUAACAAACAGAGAGGACCUCAUUUCAAAAUAAUUCAGAACUACGAUCGAUAUAAGAAACUGCUUCAGGCUCGAUCCAACAAGCAGACGAAAACGAUUGAACCAAUUCCCCGUUCGAAACCCGGUCGCAAACGGGCAGAUUCGGAUGAAGAAUAUCGCCCGAAAAGCUACAUGAAAAAACGUCUUUUUGCUCGACCACGUAAACGUACCCCUGCACCGGUUAAAUCCAGUUGCUUCUCGCCAACAGGAGAGUACAUUGAAAACGAUGCCGUGGAUGCGACACAGACAUUCAAAAAUAUGCCGUCGUUAGAGGAAGAUUUAGCUUUGACCAGUUCCGAGAAUAGUUCCAUGGAAAAUGCUCCCAAGGAAUCGCAGUCCAAAGAUUCGAUCUGUGAGAAAAAUGGGGACGGCAAUCAGAAGCAACUUGCGGGAAAGGAGAAUGUACAGCAAACAAUAUCAAAUGAAAAGGUUACGGGUAAAGCUGUAGUUGUUGGAAAAGUGGCACCGAAGCAACCCGGUAAACGUGGUCGACCCAGGUUGAAUGGGUUAACAAUUUGCGAUUUCUUUUGUACGUCUUCUGGAAAAAAGAAAGCAAUCUGUACAUCCUCGUGUUGUCACAGUGACACGCAAAAAGAUUCUGGUUCCCAACAAUCGCUAACUGAAAAUGGUGCAAAGGUAACUAAGAAAGUGACAAAGAAGCGUAAGAAGAAGCUUAUUGUUAGUUCCAGUGACGAGGAAACAAUGUCGCUUAAUGGGCUUGUCAGUUCAAGCACGGAAGAGGAAGGAGAACCAGCUAGCACGCUGAAACAAGCCAUUGAUGAUAAUGUUGAAGAUGCUGAUAAUACCACACAAACUGAUCUAAAGAUGAACAAAGUGCAAGUUAUAAUAUCGCCGUUAACUGAUGAAAAAAUCCGAAAAAUCAACACCCCAAAGAAAAAAAAGUUGAACGCUCUAACCAAGGCAUGCCAGACGGAAAUUAGUGGCUUGACAUGGUCUGUCGAGCUUGACCAGAUCGAUUUUCAUUCAGAGUACUUUGAGAAGCUUCGUGUUUUGCUCAAUACUGGAGCAUCACGGAACGUUCUUCGGCGAGUUUUCAACGAUUUACCUAAGCAAGCAAGUAAGCCUCCUUCAAGAACUCAAAGCGACUUCAGCGAGGUUGAAUUGCCAAACCGAGCAACUUUGCAACUGUCAAUAAGUUCGCCUGCUUCGGAGAUUCCGUCCGAUCGAGCUGUCUGUCAAGCAAGAAGUACUGUGGAAGAACUGUUAUUCCAGCGAGAUAUGGACGAAAUUGAAGUACCCACAAAAAAUCCGAAUGACCAACAAGCUCGCGAACAGCUGGAACAAACCGUAAAAAAUGUGCGCUCUACUUUCCGUAUUCCAAAGCUUGCGAAGCAGCCCUCGACGUCUCCACAGCCGGUGACUUCUUCUACGCAAAGCAUAUUAGAAACCUACGGCAGCAAGGACGAUGAACCAAGAGUCACUCAGUUGCCAACAUCAUCGCGAAACAUCAGCCGUGUUGAAGCCAUUGGUCGUAGUGUCAUGAAGGACAGUGGCUCGAACCGCCCUGAUGACCAUGAUUACGUCGAUGAUGAAACUGAAAGCUACCGCUCCUCCAAUGCCAGUGUACAAUCGCACGAUCGAGAGGAUCCUCGGCUAAACGUCUUGAUGUUGGAAAGAUUUGAAGCAACUGCUUGUGUUCGAAGCAACAGUUCUUCCAGUCUGGCGAGCCCUCUGAGUUUCGCGAAUGCUGUAAACUCCAACUACGUACCACCAGCUAGAAAUGAAAAUGACAAACGCAGCGCACCACCACAGCCUAGUGUUAACAUUCUGCAGGUCCCAUUACCGCUGGAAAUACGUACUGGCCUGCCGGAUCGUGCGGAAAUGAUGAACGUCAAACGUACUAUCCGCAAUGACAUGACACAACAAUCGUCCGCAGUAUUAGUCCAACCACCAGCAGCUUCGCAAAUCACGCAACCGCAGUUACCGUGUUCUCUACAGUCCAUACAGCUCCCCUUGGGUCGUCCACCGCAGAUGCAGGUUGCAGAUGAGUACAAAUUCAACCCGCCACCGUUGCCUGGUUUCCAUACGUUCGGAACGUUCGCGCCGUACGGUGGUAACGGUAAUGCGUUCAACAGAGGAUAUUCUGUCAGCAACGAACUUGAUGUUAAGCCGUCUAUCUCCGGUUCAUACAGUGGAUGGAACAAUUUCGGCCGAAACGAUAUGAUGGGCGUAGGGGGUGCUCAUCCAGCUGGAAUCAACGAUUUCAUGGCCAUGCUGUAUGACCAAUUCAAACAACAGCAAAUACCGCAGGUCGCGGCUGGUCCAAGUCAUCCGCCUAUGUUUGCUCAAUGGUUUCCCCAAUCGGGUAUCGCACCUGCCGCUGCCCCCAGCAAGCCUACAGGGCAUCCCAAUGAUACCGUAGAAAUGAUUAGCUAUUUGUUUGGUUGUUACGACUUCCUCACCGACAGAUGUAUCAAAGUCAACUGUAGAUACUCACAUGUGCUACCCAGGGAGGAAGAAUUGCUUCAAAAACUAUCGAUCCAAAAUUGCGAAUUCAUUAUGGCAACCUAUCGAUUGGUGGCUAGCCGAGAUGAUUUGUUCGUGAAAUACUUCCCAGUGUAUGCAAACGUAAUGGGUCGGAACAAAAUGCGCCACCAGUUAGUCGGUACAAUACAGGAUUGCGAGAAACCAAAGAGGCCACUGCAGUAUUACCGCCACAUUGUGGAAGGUCUGAAAUUCAGUGGGACCAGUCCAGUGCAAGCCGUACAAAUAGUACUUGAAAAACACAAAAAGACCAACUUCCAUCAGAUUAACGUUCUGGUGGAACUAAUUGUAGACACGGCAGAUGGAGUUGCAACGUUUCUUCGAUGGUUGGAGGACUUCAUGAACGUCAGAGGCUAUCAAUAUGAAAUACCAGCAGUCAACAGAUUGGUCGAUAUAUGUAUUGCCUACGAGCAGGCUCCUAGGGAGUUGGCUAAAUUUGUUUCAAAACUGGUUCUGAAAGUUGCGACCGGCGAAGAACACUUGAUCAAUACAGCAGCAUUGCUGGAGUUUGUUAAAAAGGUGCGACAGGAUGCUGAUAUGAUUUUAGAUGUUGAAGAGAUUGUCAAAAAAUAUGGCAAAGUAGUAAUGAGAUCUUAG